AUGACCACUAGCCAGCUCCAUCGGCUUAUGCUCUCCGCGUUCGGCUGGGCGGGCGGCCAUCUCCAUUACUGGUCGGUCCGGGGCCGAGAGGACGGCGAUUGGGGAGACGAAGCACCAUUCGUCUCGGAUCUCAACCCCGACGGAUACCUCCACCCCAAGAUACGUGUCUCUGGCCGGGCCGUGCCUCACCCUCGCCCGGAUCUCGGGCCAGACUACGAUCCCGACAAUCACUGGUCCGCGGACUAUGACGACGACUAUGGUCUCCCGCCGGACGAGACCAUGGACGAGCUGGAUGCGCGGUAUGAUCUUACCGCGAACAAGCAUGUGCUGUUCUACGAGUACGAGACGGGAGAUGGCUGGGAGCAUGUCACUACGGUGGAGAGGCGGAGGCCGGGGGUUGGGCAGGUCUCGGGCGGAAAGGGACAUUGUGCGGCGGAAGAUGUGGGAGGUACGCAUGGGUGGAAGGGGCUCAAGUGGACGUAUGAGGUCAAGAACACCCCACGAGACACCCGGGAUGAUGAGGAGCGAAGGGAGUGGUACGAGAACAUGUGCAGGAACGGGGAUCCGAGGGGGCUGAAGGGGAAGGCGAGGCUGGAGUACGUCAAUCUGAAUGCGGCGAACAAGAAGUAUCAGGAGAUGGAGGAGAGGGCGGAGAGGGACGAGGAUGAGGAUAGCGACGACAGUAUGGCUGGCGAGAUCCACUAUUAUGGACGCGCCGGGGUCAAUUAG